AUGGAUAUUGUACGUUGGGGACUUUAUGGAAAUAUCUACUCAGAGACUUAUGAACAUUUUUCAGAUGGUGGACCAAAGUGUUACUAAGAUAUGACAAACACAUUUCGAAUCUCCAUCUCUACAAUAUCUGCCAUAAUUUGCAUUCUGGUGAUGAAAAAAUGCUGGGCCAAAAUAAAAGUUUCGUAGGAGUUGACUAGAGCGAUGGGAAAGAAACCUAGUAUUUUUGAGUAUUUGGUUGGAUUGGCAUGUUGGGGUACCUUUGCUGUUCAAACUGGAUAUAAAUUGUAUACAGGAAGGGGUGUUUUUAUGAAUAAUCCAUGUCAUAUAGUGUUAUUGAUGUAGGGAUAUGUUUUAUUGACGAAGAAGCAUAAAUUAAGUGCUCUCAUUUUUAUAUGUCAAUUGAGGUGGCUAUAUGGAGUAUUCGCAGCAUUAAAAUUUCCAGUUGUAACAGGCUUGGAAUUGCCCCUGGAAGUAGAAUUCUUUUGGAUAGAGCAUCUUCUUGGAGCUUUUGCAGGUCCAUUGGCCUUAACAUUAAGUGGAAGGUUCUUCUUUUUUGAAUGGAAAACAUUCUUUGUUCAUUAGAUGUUUGGAUGGGACUCUCAUGUCCUUUAUUAGAGAAUUUACAUGUUACCAAUGUCAUUAAUGACUUGGGCUAAUUUAAAUUUUAUGCUUUGCCGACCAGACCAUGAUCCAUUUGUUCCAUACAUAGGAAAUUGGUAUUAUGUGUUUUCGGAGAUCUACUUAAACUUGGUUAGUAUAAUAGCAGUGGUAAUUGUCUUUACAUUAACUUGGGUUUUAAGAAAAAUCAUAAGAUAUAAAGAAAAAUAAGAUUGA